UGGACAAACAAUUAUUGUACAUUGAACGUUAUGACUCGAUAUUGCAAGAGACGCAGCAAACGGCCUGGGGCUAAAAUCGUACCCUAACCCAAUUAGAAUUAGUGCGGCGUGGUGUGGCUAGUCGCUAUAAAUUGCGCAAUUUGUGAAUCGAGUGCUGAUAUUCACGAGUGCUAAGGAUGAGUAAGAACCUUGAAUUCGCAAGGUGAUGAUACGCAAAAAACUGGAGAAUCAAAGUGGUCUUAAUCACAGUCUGUGAUAUAUGGUAAUACUUGCUACUGUGCUUCAGAUUAUCUUAGCGAUUUUGCAAGGUUUUGGGGUUUCAUAAAGAGGAUCUAUAUGGCCGAUCAGCUGUGCAACGUUUUUGCGUUAUUGCCUAAAUUAGGAAGAUAGGGGGCGAUGGUGACGACAAAGAGCACUAAUAAAAGCGCACGCAUAUUAACGCUGUUAUCCAUGGUAUGAAAACUACGUAAAAAAAAAAAAACGCCAAAUUCCAACGUCAUAAGAAACACCAUAAUCGCAGCAUCAAUUCACGACGAGCAGGGUCGUGCGCAUCCUGAUGCUCAGCGGGGCGGUACUGUUAUUGUUAUUUUCACUUGUGACGUCACAGGUGCAGAUCGUGUGACUGACUGCUGUGCUCGAGAAAUGACAUUUGCGUCUUAUGGAUUCUCGUGAAGGAGGAAUUUCGAGGCGUUCCCCGUAACUUCGAAGUGAAAAGGGUAAGGUAGAGAGGAAUGGCGCGGCUUUGGCCGUCGGGAGGGGCGAUCUGAGCGGCGUUUCAUGGUCGUCUUUUGCGGGUCCUGCUUUUCGACCCAUUUUCCAAGUGCAGGGUUUAAUACCUAGUACUUAAUCUAAUGAAACACUCGGCGAUACUACGAACAAUCAGUGGGUAUGAGAGGACAAUGGAGAAAUUUGCUGUUGACCUUGAUAAAGUACUGGAUGAAUUUGAACUAGAUGAAGAUGAGAGCGAGUCAGUGAAUCAGUAUGAGAAACUGCAACUGGAAUUUUGUCCAGAUGGAGGGACCUCACACCCUUCCUCUGCUGCCAUGAGACAUAGCAUUGGGUUGGGUGCUUUUGGUGGGUGGAGUGAACCUCUGCAGCCACAGCAGCAAGCUGUAGAGAAUGUAGGCCCUCCAGCACAGCCCUGGUGUGGCUCUGCUCUGAGUGAUGAUGCUCCACAACCACCAGGUACCCGAAGCCCUCCUGAUGGGCAAAACGAUGAUGGUCAACAGUCGGCUACUUGCUCCCAACAUCUUUCGUCGUUGUCAUUCCAGCAGCCUAUGUCCUUACAACCACAGCCCCAGCUUCCCCCUAUGUCUGUUUCUUCAGAAACUUCUGGCUCACGCAUCCAGCCCGGGUUGUCACAACAACCUAGGUCUUCCUCAGCACUCUGGCCUGUGAUGGCAACCUCAUCCAUAAAUAGUUUCUCCCGACCAACUGUGCCUGAAAUCUCAUCUGAACGCUCAGUAGAGGGCUAUAGAAUGGACGCAGCUGGAAGCGCCAUGCCUUCUCAUCCUGCUCUGCCUCCCGAUUACAUGAACCCUAGUCUUCAAGAAAGAGGUGCUACUGGGGAGUGUGGUGCAUCAGAGAAAUUUGAUUCAGGCAGUGGCCUUAUGGAUAACCACCAACCUGUCAGAGGACUUGAUGUUAUCACCUCAAGACCUCUGGACAUAGUCCCCUCCAAUAUACCUCCUGAGUCAAGAGUUGUCAGUGGGCAUGAAGGGAGACAUCCAGACAUCAUUGAUGUUUGGCAAAGUGGUUCAGAAGGGCAUGCAGCAUCUCCUCCACGUGAGGGGACACCUCCUUUAGUACCUGAAAAUAGCAUUGGUGCUCUCCCACAGGAAGUGGUGCCUGAGCCACAUCAAGAUGAAGGGGAAAUUUCAGGUAAUGUGGAACAGCCAGAACACAGACUACUACCUGACCUCAUGUCGAUGAAUACUGCCGAAGUUGGGCAACAUGCUGAAGGGCAUGCUGGUGGUGGAGAGUAUCCAGAGCCAGCUGUGGUAAUGGAAAAUACCCUAGCAAAUUCCAAUGCAAAUGACCCAGUUAUUGUGAAGGAGAGUCAGUCUUAUAGUAGAAUACCAGAGGUUGUAAAUGUUCACCAAACUGCUGAGAACAGCAGUCAGAUGGAAAUGAUGUCCCGUGCAGUUCGCAGUGAUUCCCAGAGUCCUCAGUUGCCUGAAGAGUCAGGUCAGGUACCACAUGAGGAGGAUUCUCAGGAGAGAGAUAUUGUUGGUGCUUUUCAUAAUCAUUCAAACCCAGUCUGUGAUAGUAUUGUGAGGUCUGUUGAAAUGGGCAUGCCAGAUGGCAGCAGUGUUGAUGGCCUGGUUUCAUCCCACUCUUCUCUGCCAGAUGUAAGCUCUGUUAAUCCAGUUCCCAUUAGUUUUAGUAAAGAUGUUGAUGUAGAUGAUGCUUACCUUGAUGCUGAAUUAGCAGAGUUGGAAGAAGAGCAGUUCAGAUUGCAAGGAGCAUAUGGUGGCAGCUUAACUGGAUCAGUAGCUAGUAUUAGGGAUAAUGUGGAUAAUAGCAUCGUUCAUCCACAAGAUUCUGGAAGAGUCGGAGGACCAGAUUUGAUUGAUGGAAUGAGUGCAUCCUAUCCCGUGCACGAUACCGUUGCCCAAGCUUCAUCGAAGGACGAUGCGGUUCCCGUUGAGCCAGAGUCGAGCAGCGACACGCUGAAAAGGGAAGGGGAUGGGGUGGGAGCACCGGGUUUGUUGCCCGAGGCAUCGACGCUUCAGACUCACGGUGAUAGUGAUGCAGGUUUUUCACAAUAUGAGGUGUCUAGUGUUGAGGAGGUUGUUUGUCAUCCGCAUAACAAUGAAAUAGCGGGCAAUCACGUACGUGAAACUGGCCACACUAAUGACGUUUCUACGGGGGGUGGCCAGAGUGUUGGAAACUCUGAUACUUUGCCUGUUAGAAGUAGCGACGGUGACGGCGAAGAUAACGUUUCAAACGCAAGCACUGGGACCGACACCAUGUCCUCCAGCAGCACAUUAACGGAUGGUGACUUGGGAUCACCUGAACGGAGAGCACAGCAUUCUGCUCCCAGUGAACCAGAUUCACCCUCAAGAGUGAUGCCUGGUACCCUAGUUACUGCUGUCUAUGACGAUGACAGUGGUUCUGGGAGGGAAGACGAAUCUUCGGAAGCUGUUGGAGGUGCUGAAGGAACAACAGAAACUACUUCAUCCUCCAGAUCUCGUGGUGAUAGUGGAAAUCUUGUUGGCCAGGUAGCGCCAUUUUGGAUUCCAGAUGAUGAUGCACCCAACUGUCAGGAGUGUGGACAGAAAUUCACUGUUAUCAGGAGACGGCAUCAUUGCCGAGCUUGUGGACGUGUUUUGUGCGCGCCUUGCUGCCAUCAUAAAGCCCCACUACCAUAUAUGGAUUACAAAGAGGCCAGAGUGUGUGGGCCAUGCCUUCAUUUGAUUCAGUUGGAUCAGAGUUACGAACGAGAUGGGGAGGGUCAUGGUGGUCAGCCAAAGCAGUCUGAUCACCAGAGGAAGCCUCCAGAUCCAAACAACCCCAUGGAAUAUUGUUCUCGAGUGCCUCCACCCCAGCAAGUGGGAGCCAUUGGAUCAGCCCCGCCUCCCACUGUCAUGGUCCCUGUUGGCGUUCUGAAGCGAGAAGGCAGCUGUAGCGGUAGUUCAAGGAAUCGAGGGAGCAAACAAGUGAUUUUUAGUGAUGGAAUCCGGCCAGGUGGCGAUCUGACCGAACUUGAUGGGUCUGGGGAAUUGCUUCCUCCUUAUCGAAGAACGGGGAGGGUGGCUAGGAGGGUCGAUCGUCCGACCACCGGCAGUAGUGGUGGUGAGGAUGCUCGUGGUCCAGGAGGGUUACUGCGAUCCCUUCCCCCUGAUCGAUGCUUGAUUCCUCCUGGGGCUGGUCUUCCCCCUGUUGUUGUGAAAGCCCCCAACUCCGGAGAAUAUGUUUUCGAAGACAAUCCAGACAGUAGGAAACUGGAGGAGCAGUUGAGAGGGGAUGGUCCUCCUGUUGUCUUUGCAGUGCGUAAGAACCUAACAGUCCUAGUCAAAGUAGUAAAACUCGAGUGUUGUGUGGGUGUUGAGGUCUGGAACAUUGCCACCAGAGGUUUGUGCACAGUGGGUCAGGAAGAAAUGGUGAUAUUGCUAGAAGUGGCACCAGGCGAGAGUCAUCCACCAAGAGAUGUCUUUGGUUUCUUCCAGACUGUGUAUAAACAGGCAAACCAAGGCAAUUUGGUAACAGAGAUGGGACAUACAAUAUUUACCGAACCAGAAGGGUUCCUUGGUUCCCGUGAACAUGGAGGCUUUUUGUAUAUCCGACCUACCUUCCAGUGCCUGCGCAACUUAGUUUUACCUCCAUCUCCGUACAUAUUUGCCGUCCUUAUACAAAAAUGGGAGACUCCCUGGGCUAAGGUAUUCCCACUUCGUUUAAUGUUACGCAUGGGAGCGGAGUUCAGGUAUUACCCAUGCCCUCUAGUUUCAACGAGAAAUAGAAAGCCAGUGUUCUGUGAAAUAGGUCAUACAAUCAUGAACCUUCUAGUGGAUUUUCGUAAUUAUGCCUACACCGUCCCCACUAUUGAAGGUUUUGUUAUACAUAUGGAAGAUAAAAAGACAAGCCUGUUGUUCCCUAAGAACAGAUAUGAGCAGGUAACCAAAGCAUUGAACAACAGCAAUGAUCAUGUGCUGGCCCUUGGAGCAAAUUUCAGUCCUCAAGCUGAUUCUCAUCUAGUGACUAUAGAAAAUGAUGAUGGGCAUUAUUCUACUCAGGCUAUCAAUAUCCACAAUCGACCCCGCAAAGUUACUGGAGCAAGUUUCAUCGUCUUUAAUGGUGCACUGAAAACUACUUCAGGGUUGUCAGCCAAGUCUUCUAUAGUCGAAGAUGGCCUUAUGGUUCAGAUACCUGCAGAUAUGAUGACCAAACUGCGUGACGCACUGCGAAAUAUGAAAGAGUUUGAUAUCCCAUGUGGACCUGUAACAGCAGAGCAACCUGAUGAAGUAGUUGUCAUCAGAUGGACUAGCGAUGAUAAGAAUUUCAACGUAGGUAUCAAAAGUGCUGUAGAUGAAAAACAGAUGGAUGGCAUACCAUCGGUAAAAAUACACUCGGGAACGGACUAUGUCAGCAAUGCUCACUUGAUAAGGUGGACAGAAGUCUUCAUUCUGCAGGGAGAAACAAACAACAGUAAUGAUAUCAACUUGAGCCGACUCUCGGAGAUCCUGGCCCGUGCCUUCUGUGUUGCUCUGACCCCUCACUUAGCGGAGAUGUAUGCUAAUGGCCACACAAGACUUGGUUUGCGUUCAACAAUUCAUCAGGAUAGUGUUGGUUACGAAGCAGGCAGCAGCGGUAGCCGCUUACCAGCUCCUUGCAUGAAUGACCUCGAUACUGAACUCAUCCCUGUCAUUCAUCGUGCUGCGGCAAAUGUAACGGAUGAACCUAUAAUUUUAGAGUUAGUUUUUCAUAUCAUGGAACAAUAGUCAAGUCGUAAAACCAACCUUGCUGAAAACGUUGUACUUAAAAUAUACUUCUGAACCUUGACAUUUGAACAGUCAAAAGAUGUUAUUAUAUGGUACCAAGAUUUUUAUGUACAGAUAUAUACAGUAUUUGAAGUAAUUUUCUAUAUUCACAAAAUAUGUUAAUUCUCAUUGUAUUUACCUGCAGAGCAUGGGAUCCUCUUAGAAUGGCUGAUGGAAAGAUAAUAAAAAAAUAAAAAAAAAACCUUAUCCUGUUGAGUUAAUUAGUCUGAAGAGUGCGUUAGUCUGGUUAAGAAGUUUUCAGAGGAUGUAAGGUAGUGAGCUCAUUGAUUGCUUCUCUCACCUGUCAUUAUUUAAUCACAACAGAUUCUCUCUCUCUCUCUCUCUCUCUCUCUCUCUCUCUCUCUAUCAUUCUA